GCAGACACGCGCAAUGAUAGCCGGAAGCACCGAUGGGAGGAAAAUAAAAAUCGAUGAAAUUCACUGUUAUUCGCGAGUGUAAACCUUUCACUUACUGUCCUUUUCGCGACGUAGGCUCGAAUUUAUUAGCCACUUCCGCUGCCACUGUGCCGGAGGGGACGGCACAGCACAGGAAAGCUGCAGCUUUUGAACGAAGUUGCUCGGUAGGGGUUUAGCUGACGUGUGGAGAAGUUGAGACUGCCAGAGAGCAGAUAAACAAACAUAAACAAGCAGGGAUCAGCUGAGCGCCAGCCCGAACCGAACCAGCAGCACGGAGAGAUGUCAGGGAGGACGAGUUUCCUCUUUUGAGCCCGAGAAUGAUCCACAGGAGACCGUGACUUACACUGAUACUAGCUCCAUGUCAACUGUCAACACUGGCACACAAAGAAUUUCGGAAACACAACACGAGGACCAGCCAUAGGCUUUAGCAGAAAAUCCACUGUCUGUUUGUCAAGACAUAGCCAGGCUAGCAUGGACAGCCAAUGAGUUUACCGUCCAGUUUUCAGCUGUAACGAAACGAAUACAUAUUACAGUGCAAGGAGAGAGCCACUGGUGUCAGAAGUGGGAUUAACAUGGCCCACCAGGCGACCCCUAGUUCCCAGAAGGCCCUGAUGAUGGAGCUGAAGUCUCUGCAGGAGCAGCCGGUGGAGGGCUUCCGCAUCACUCUGGUGGAGGAGUCUGACCUCUACAACUGGGAAGUGGCCAUCUUCGGACCCCCAAACACCCUGUACGAGGGAGGCUACUUCAAGGCUCACAUCAAGUUCCCAGUGGACUACCCGUACUCCCCGCCAACCUUCCGCUUCCUCACCAAGAUGUGGCACCCCAACAUCUACGAGAACGGAGAUGUGUGCAUCUCCAUCCUGCACCCUCCUGUUGAUGACCCUCAGAGCGGCGAGCUACCCUCUGAAAGGUGGAACCCUACCCAGAACGUCAGGACUAUCCUGCUUAGUGUGAUCUCUCUGCUCAAUGAGCCCAACACCUUCUCCCCAGCCAAUGUGGAUGCAUCUGUCAUGUUUCGCAAAUGGAGGGACAGCAAAGGCAAAGACAAGGAAUAUGCAGAGAUUAUUAGGAAGCAGGUGAUGUCAACAGCGGCGGAGGCAGAGCGCGAUGGUGUCAAGGUGCCGACCACAUUGGCGGAGUACUGCGUCCAGACCAGGGUUCCCUCCCAGGACAGCAGUUCAGACCUUCUCUAUGACGACCUGUACGACGACGACAUGGAGGAGGAGGACGAGGAGGAGGACGAGAGCGAGAUGGAGUCCGUAGGUGAAGCCGGGGGGAUCAGUGCCGCAGAGGACGGCGGGACGUCCACCAGGCGUUAUGACAACCAGGACGACUCCGGCAACGAAGACUCGUGAUGAUCUGGAUGAUAACUCCUCCCUGCCAAUCCCCACCCCUCCCCCAACUACCACCCUCCUUCUUUUAUGUGUUAUGUUAAAAGUUUCUGUUUUUGUGUAUGUAUGUGUGUGUGUGUGUGUGUGUGUGUGUGUGUGUGUGUGUGUGUGUGUGUGUGUGUUUUGCACAUACAGUGGGGUCAAAGGUCUACUGCCAAAAACGUUUCAUCAUUUAUUAAACUAAUACAAAUGAUUGGUCAAAUAAUAGUUCUCAGAUGCUAUUAUUAGGUUUUUAGCAAAAGUCUGUUGGUACCGUUUUCACUAAAAGUCAGAAUUUGGUGUUUCCACCGUUUGCCUUAAUUACAGCGUGCACUCUGUCCGGCAUCAGAUGUUUAGCAGAGUGUGAGGGUUGAAGUUAUUCCAGCACUGUUUGAGAGCACCCAUGCAGUGUUUUUGAUGUUAUAUUAUAUUUCACUUUUUUUUUUUUUUUUCGGCCUUUUUUGCCUUUAUUGGAUAAGACAGCUGAAGAUUGACAGGAAAGGGGGGAGAGAAAGCUGCAGGAAGGACUCAGCCUUGGUACACGGGGAGCCAGCUCUACCAGGUGAGCUACAGGGCGUCCCAUAUUUCACAUUUUUAAAUGUCCCCAUUGAGGAUCCACCCUCUUCCACACUAAACCAGAAAUGAUGACAGGCUUCUGCAGAAUAGACGGAGUGGUGUUACUCCAUGGUCAGUGUAUGAUUAAUCAUGUGCAAUACACUGACUCCAGACAAGGCAAAACAUCCCACCAUCUGAAUAUUUCCAUCACCAUGUUUAACUUUUUAUACCCUGCUGUAUUACUCUUUACGCAGCCACCUCCUCAUAUGCUGUACUGUAAGCUGUUGGUUGCAACCAUGAAGUUUCUCUUUUGUAAACAAGCGUUUCUUCAUGUCUUUAACCGUGACAUUUCAGUAUUGUUCAACCCAUGCUAAACCAUUAGACUUGUUUUGCCAUUAAAGAAGUGGUUUGGUAACUGCUACAGUUUGUUGGUCUUUUAACUGUAGUUUUGUCAUCUGGAGUAGGACAUUCUUUGUUGCUUCGGCUUUGCAUCUUGGAUGUAGACGCUGUCUGUCUCCUGAAGAUCUUGGCUUUAUACCACGGUGCCGUCUCUAGGUUGGUCUGGUCCCUGUUUCCAGCCCUUUAAUCAGAGUCCAGUAGCAGUUAAUUAUUAAAAGAUCAUAGUAAUCAACAUUGGGUAGGGGCAUACACAUGUUAAGAUUUGAAUUAUAGUACAUGCAUGGUGAGACAAACAUCUUCAUAUUGUAUACCAGUAUUUUAAUUACUUACAUGCAUUUCCCAAAGAUAAUUGGAACGUAUCAAUUGUGAGUAAUUCUUUAUUUGAAAACCUUCUGCAAAAGUAAACAUAUUGUCUUAGUUUUUGAUAAAUGAUGAAAACAAACUGUCCUUGUGGUGGUCUCUUGAACCCCACUGUAGCUGGCCGGCUCUUCGCCCGGCUAGUCCAUGUCAGGUUGUAUGGUUUUGUGUUAAAAGAUUGGCUCUACCCAUCUUGUAUUUUCUUGAUGCUGUUUAUUUGUCUACUUCUUCUUCUUUAGUUGGUUGACAUCCUGUCCUCCCUGACUUGUCUGCUGUAUUUCCUGGGAUGGCUCAGACAGUCUCUGGCUAAUGGACACUUAGCUUGUUUGGCUCAUUAACAAGUCGAUGAACUGGCCAGCUUGUCCAUCCGUGAGUCCCAGAAUAUCUCUGUCCCUCUUGCACUUGUCUGUUUGUUUGACUUCGAUGCAAUCAACUUAAACUUGCAAACGCGGGCUUUGCCGUGACACACCCCCCCCCGGUCCUCUCUUGGACCCACCUUUAGUAGUGUCCACUGCUCCCUCAUGAUCCCUCAAAGCAAUGUCAUUUGGUCUGGGGGGUGAACAAGGUUAAGACCUUUUCUCACGUCGCCUCCUACACCUCUCUCUGCCUCUUAAACCUCAGGGCCUCAAUUGACUUUCGCUGAGAGAGAAAAACCAGUGAAAGAGAAACUUAACACACAAACUGCUCCUCACCUCCACCUCCUUUUCUUACUUUCUGCAUCACUGGGUGGUUUUAGAGGGCAGAGAGUGAACUGAAAGUCUCCGAUCCCACCGCCAGCGUGUUUACACGUGACUGAGUGUUGCUAUUGCUCCUGAUUAGGGUCCUAUUAAGUUGUUUUCUUCCCGGUAGGCUAGAGUCAAUUUAAAAAAAUCAUAAUACACCUGUAGGGACUUCCUCCUCGAGACAGUGCUCACAUUAUGUUGCAAUAGGUGUGAAAAUGUUAAGUUUUUUGCGACGUGACUCCAGCUUAAUCGCAAUUUAGUGAAAAUUGGACGUUGUUACUGUGCUACACCACAUCCAGAGUCUGUUUAUUGACAGGGACAAAAUCCACAGCUUAGCUACACAUUUGCAUUUGAAUGAAUAUGACACUGAUUGCCUGUUGUGUGUGUGUGUGUGUGUGUGUGUGUGUGUGUGUGUGUGUGUGUGUGUGUGUGUGUGUGUGUGUGUGUGUGUGUGUGUGUGUGUGUGUGUGUGUGUGUGUGUGUGUGUGUGCGCAUAUAUAUUUACAUUUACUAUUGACUACAACGUCAGGGUUUUCUUGUUCCUGUCUCUGUGGAACCGGUGCAGACUCCUGUCACACGAGUGAGUUUGCCUAAAUGACCUUUUGGACUUUGUCCAGUUGAGAAAACAUUCAGUGUGUUUGCACUGUGUUCUAGUGCUGUUUUGGAAGGCCUGAAUUGGCUAUGGAUUUGACUGAUUUAAAACACCCUCUGAGUAUUAAACUUUUGAACACACCGAACAGCAUAAUGUGACUAAUAUUACUUGUACGGCAUCAAGUAAACCACACAUUUUGAGCUGUGUUUUAUGAUUGUGGGCAUGAAUCUGUUGCCCUUUUCAACACAACAGAGCACUGCGCAAACCUUUGAUUCAAAUGGAUGGACUUUAUGCCAAGGAAAUUCAAGUACAGCCCCACAGCCGUUCAGAGACUUUAAAGACUAUGGAGCAAUGGAUGCAUGUGGUGGAUUUACCGCUGUUUGAAUAAACUCUUUAAGAGAUUAUUACCUUUUGGAUUUUAAUGUGAAGCCAAAGGAGUGAAACUUUUCCUCCUGGCCCUGUGCUUUGGAGGCUCACAGAGACAGGAUCCUGUCGAGGACGGGGAGAGGAUAUCCACACCUGGACUGGAUCUUUAAUGGAUUUGAUACCAAGGCACAACAGGAAGUGGAUAGAUGCCAGAGAUUGUGAAUUGAUUUUCUCGAUGUUUUCCCCAUCUUUUGCUCAUCCCUCAUCAUAUAGAGAAGAAGUAAAAUUCAUAGUUACCAAAUGUACCAAUCUCAUAUGUGUCUGCUAAAGGACUAGUUUAACAUAUUUGGAAAUACACUUACCCACCUUGUGGCAGAGAGUUAGAGUUAGAAGAUCUACACCACUCUAACGUCUUAAAUAUGAAACUAGCAUGUUAGCUUAGCUUUGGACACAGACUGGAAAAUUUGGGGGGGGGGGCAGCUAGUCUGGCUCUGUCAAGCAGUAGCAGAAUCCGGCUGUAGCAUCAUAUUUUACAAACAAACUUGAUUGUAGUAUCAAUCCUUUUAUCUAACUCUCCACAAGAAACAAACAAGUGUAUUUCCCCACAUUUUCAGCAAUUCCUUUUUAUAUGAAACGGGUUAGCUUAGUUUAGCUGCUAGCAUGGCUCCGUCCAAAGGUGACAAAACCUGCCUUCCAGCACCUUUAAAACUCACAAAUUAACACAUUACAAUCCAUUAAAAAGCCAUUGUAUAAAGGAAAUGUGAGUAGUGUCUUGAGGUCUACCUUUGGACAGAGCCAGACAAGUUGUUUGUCUUUGUUUUCAGUCUUUGUGCUAAGCUAAGCUAACUCGCUGCUGGCAUUAGUCUCAUAUUUAACAAAAACACAUGAAAGCAGUAUUAAUCUUCUCAUCUAACUUUCGGCAAGAAAGCAAAAAAGUGUGUUUCCCAAAAUGUUGAGCACUUUCUUUAAAGCCACAUUUUACUUCCCAUCACAAAUUUAGAAAUUGGAUUCAGCAUUAUUGUUUUUGUUAGAAUAAAGUCCAAGGCAUAGUGUAGCCCUUAUGUUAGCAAUUCAACAAUCAGUUUAGAGCUCUUUAAAAUCCUCUUUUUUUUAUUGAAAUGUAUGCCUUGUUUUUAUGAGUGCAGGUAGAGAAAAGCUAAGGAGGCCUUUUGAGGGAAGAGAGCAACCAACAGUUAUUAUCUCUGAGGGAUGACGAUAAUUCCCAAACUCAACCUAAGAAAUGACUCACUAAAAAGGUCCACAGUCUGAGAUGUUGAUAUGUUAUUUCAUGCACACUAUUACAUACAAAAGACUGAAUGAAAUCAUUUAGUUCAUUUAAUCUGUGUGUAUGAGCAUGUGUGUGUGCACAAGUGUGUAUUUUUUGAAGUGUGGGCACACACCUAAUGGACUGACCUGCGUGUGUCCACAACGCCACCACAAUGUGUCCACACCUAUAGCUGUUAAUGCUGUCCUUGUUGGUUUUAUUCUUUGAUUUAAAUGUCAUUUUUCCCCUCAUCAUUUUGUGUUUGUGAGGAUGCAAAUGUCACUCAUAAAGUUUCUAUUGUAAAAACAAAAAUACAUUGUUGGGUUUGUUUGCAGUAUAGCUUUGAUAUCUGUUGCUAAACCCACAUGUCAUGGGAAACACAGCGAGUUGGUUCUUGGAGUAAAAUUAGGGGUUAUAUGCAAACAGGGAGCAUACAGUUAUUGUGGUUAAGUUGGAAAACCAUUCAAAAUAAAACAGUAUCUCAUUGAA